AUGAUAGCUGCGGUGAAUGACUUUCUAGAUGACCUGCGUGGCGGCAGAAUGACCGAAUCGCCUAUCGUGAGGGUGGAGCAGGGCGCCCUGCAGGGUCGCGUUGUCAACAGUCCCUCAGGGAAGGCCUUCUACAGUUUCCAGGGUAUCCCCUACGCGAAAGCUCCUCUAGGCUCGCUUCGGUUUAAAGCUCCCCAGCCUCCUGAACCCUGGGAGGAUGUCCGCGACGCCACAUCGGAAGGCAACGUUUGUACUCAAAUAGAACCGUUACUACUCAAACAAUACACGGGAGAUGAGAACUGUCUCUUUCUAAAUAUUUACACUCCAAACCUCGACGGCCAGUUCCUACCAGUGAUGGUGUUCAUUCAUGGUGGCGGAUUCAUGUUCGGUUCAGGCAGCUCUUCCAUGUAUGGUGGUGAUUAUCUAGUCGAAAAGGACGUAGUGGUGGUGACGAUUAAUUACAGAUGCGGGCCUCUCGGUUUCCUUUGCUUAAACACCCCUGAAGUGCCGGGAAACGCUGGUCUAAAAGACAUGGUGCAAGCUAUACGCUGGAUCAAAGAGAACAUUCAGAAUUUCGGUGGCAACCCCGGGAACUUGACGAUAUUCGGCGAGAGCUGUGGUGGGGUUGCCGUUUCAAUGCUCACAGCUAGUCCUUUAACUAAGAACUUGAUCAGCAAAGCGAUCAUUCAGUCCGGGACGGCCUUAAAUAGCUGGGCGUUCCAGAGCCAUCCACUGGACAACGCGAAAGCAUUAGCGAAAGCUCUAGGCUGCGAAUCUGGUGAUGUAGAUGAGAUCCUAGAGUUCCUCUCGACAACACCUGCCAAAGAUAUUGUAGAAGCGACGUCCCUUCAACAGUUUGAAGAAAAUUUCUUCCAAAAAGGUAUUAAUACGUUCGCGCCAGUCAUCGAAAAGGAGUUCCCUGGCGUGGAAGCAGUAUUGACAGAGUCAUUCAUAGAUUUACUAACCUCAGGUCGUGUGGCCGAAGUGCCAAUCAUGAUUGGCUCAACGACCCUCGAGUUUACCAGAGAAAGAACCGCAGAUGACUUGCAGUCGUUCAUCCCGUCGGCUCUGAACUUGGAGAAGGACAGUAGCGAAUCACUGGCUAUCGCUGAACAGAUCAAGAAAUUAUACUUUAAAGGAAACCAUACAGGUGUUGAGAGCUUAACCGAGAGAUUCCAACUGCUGUCAGAUGUCCUGAUGAAUAUAGACACACACAGAUAUAUCCAAUACUUAGUAAAUACCACCAACAAACCCAUAUACUAUUACAAGUUCGAUUACGUGGGUGAGUUGAAUUUGUCCAAAAAACUUGUGGACAGUCUGGAUUUAAAGCACGCAGGUCAUGGGGAUGAGUUGAGUUACCUCUUCAAGAACGACUUCCAGAAGGACGUGGAGCCCACUACGCAGGACACAAAGAUGAGGGAGAGGAUGCUGAGGCUCUGGACUAACUUUGCUAAAGUUGGAAACCCAACCCCGGACGAAAACCAUUACUUGACGGUGACAUGGCUCCCGGUUACAAAGGACAACCUGUACUACUUGAAACUGGGCAAUGAGCUGUCCCUCGAAACUAACCCAGAUAAGGAGAAAAUGGAGUUUUGGGACGAUGUCUACAGCAAAUACUUCAAGAUCUGGGACCACCCGCAUACCAACACCGUAGAAGUACCCACGAAAGUAGAAAUUGUCAAUUACGUUAAACACGAGAGCUCGGGAACUAUCGUUGUGGAAGAAACUACUGUGGAAACCAUGGUUCAGAUUAUCGAACAAACUCAAGAAGAAGUCCAAACAGUUUCAGAAACAGAACCAGAGUCCGUACCAGAACCGCAGUCCGUACCAGAACCACAGCCCGUACCAGAACCACAGCCCGUACCAGAACCACAGCCCGUACCGGAACCAGAAUCCGUACCAGAAAUACAGUCAGUACAGGAAACACAAUCGGUACCAGAAUCACAACCUGUACCAGAACCGCAAAUAGUCCCUGAACCCCAAUCAAAGGCAGUUCCUCCGGUUGUGGUGCAGGCUUCUUCCCACAACGGAGUGAAAGAGUACCAGGUCAACGGAAACUUGGAACAGAGGAAACCUAGAACAUCUAAUGAAAUUAAGAUGGUUCAGCAAAGCAAUGGACAUCCAAAAGAUGUCAUCAGAGCUAACGACCCGCCCGAAGACGAUCUACCCAAAAACAUAGGAGUCAACAAAUUCGUCAAUUUCUUCGAGUCCCUCGGCGGGAAGAAGUGA